AUGGCAGGCACACGAGACCUGAAUGUAUUCUUGCUUGCUAGUCAUUGGAAUAUGAUGCUGCCACUCGUCGUUGUUUCGCCUACACGAAUAAUAUUUCAAAGGAAUCAUUCACAGUUGAGGAAACCUUGCCUUCAGUGGCCCAAUAAGAUCUCAAAAAUAGCUUCAGAACUUCCUGCCAUUGAACGGUACUGGCAUGAUGAGGCCCUUUCAGUUCAGUCCACAAAGUCAGCGAGAGGGAAGAAAUAUGUGCUUUCAAUGUUUCCCUACCCUUCCGGUCGUUUACACAUGGGACACAUGCGUGUGUAUAGCAUAUCCGACGUAUUAGCGAGAUAUUACAGGCUAAAUGAUUACUCUGUUAUUCAUCCGAUCGGCUGGGAUGCUUUUGGUUUACCGGCAGAAAAUGCAGCUCGCGAAAGAAAUGUUGAACCGAAGGAAUGGACACAGGGCAAUAUUGAAGUAAUGCGGAAACAGUUAUUACGUUCUGGGAUCAUCUUUGACUGGGAAAGAGAAUUAUGUACAUGUUCUCCCGACUACUACCGUUGGACUCAGUGGCUCUUUUGUCGCUUGCAUUCCCAUGGACUUGCCGAGCACCGCCAUGCAGAGGUCAAUUGGGACCCUGUCGACAAUACUGUACUUGCUGAGGAGCAAAUUGACAUCAACGGUCUCUCGUGGAGGUCAGGAGCUCGCGCUGAAAAACGAAAGUUGAAGCAGUGGCACAUUAUGACUACAAAAUUUGCAAAGCGCCUUUCUGAUGGUUUGAAACGGCUAGAUCAAUGGGAGGAUAUUGCUGAUAUCCAAUCUAAUUGGAUUGGUCCGUGCGAUGUCUGGCGGUUUAUGCUUCAGAUGAAGAAAAAGAAUGGAGAGGUUUCUGAGGAGUUCUUUGAUUUGAGAAUUAGAGAUCCUUCAGAAUUAUCCCAAUGUGCAAUGUUGGUAAUACGUAAAGGACAUCCGUUGGCAGGUGGCCUUGGACAUGAUGCUAACACUGUCGUUUUGAAUUUUGUUACUGGCCGGGAAAUGUCAAUUGUUUUUGUUCCUGUUGAUGAAACUUCCAGUGAAUAUUUUCUAAAUGCUCGGUUGGCUCACAAAUCAUCAAGCUUUGAUGCUGUCCUGGCUAAAAAAUUUAACGUCAGUCUUAAUAUUGCUUCUCCACGUCUUGAUGCUGAAGAUGUCAUACAGAUUGCUCAGAAAGGUAAAUACGGUGGUUAUGAAACGAGCGAGAACUUGUUAGACUGGGUUGUUUCAAGACAGAGAAAGUGGGGGACGCCAAUUCCAGUACUUUUUGAUGCUGUGAACAGCAAAGAAUCUGUUCCUGUACUUGAUCAGGAUCUACCUGUGUUGCCACAGCAUACUAGUAAUAGAGAACUAGUGCCAUGCGAAAGACUUUCAAGUGGAAAAGGUGUUCGAGAAACAGAUACUCUGGACACCUUCUUUGAUUCGAGCUGGUACUACCUCAGGUUUUUGGAUUCGCAUAACGAUAGAGAAUUGAUUAGCAAGGAGAGUUGUAAACAAAUGCCUGUCGAUGUUUAUGUCGGUGGCGUAGAACAUGCAGCUGUGCAUAUGUUUUUUGCUCGAUUUAUGUCCUACUUUCUCCACGACAUUGGAGUCAUGGAGAAUCCUGAGCCGUUUGACCAUCUUUUGACGCAAGGAGUUGUUCGAGCUAAGACCUUCAUACGUGUUGAUAAUGGAGAAUAUCUUAAAGAAGCAGAUAUAAUCAAAAAAGGUUCCGAAUAUGUGGAUAGAAAAGACGGCUAUGCAGUCCAAGUUUUGUACGAUAAAAUGUCGAAAUCUAAGCAUAAUGGGGUUGAUCCCUUGCAACUUCUGGAUAGUGACGGCAUUGAUCUCACGCGCUUACAACUAAUUGCUGCAGCCUCUCCAAGGUCUCAUAUAGAUUGGGGUGCAACUGAUAAUCGAGGCCUAAAAAAGUGGUUAAAUAGGGUGUCCUCACUUGUCAACGAAUAUGUGAAACAGCGACAAGUACCUGUUGCACUUGAACCGACAAGUUGCUGUGAAACUGAAGAGGAACUGAGAGCUCUUUAUAAUGCCGCCACGCGCCACGUGAUUGUACCGCAUAUUGCUAAUGAACUCUGGAGUGCUUUGUGCUCUGUUCCAGCUAUAAAUGAAAGUUUGUGGAACAGAAACAGCGUCGUUAGCGAACAAAAAUGGCCCAUUCCUGAUUCAGAUGCUGAAACGGAAUUUAUGCUAACAGCGCUGCGCCUUAGCUGUGGUCGCUGUUCUGUACCACGAUCGGUAAUUGAGAAUUGUAGUGCUGAAGAGGCUUUGAAGUUAUCGAAGGAGAAAUAUCACCGGUUAUUUUUUGAUUUGCUAGCCGAAUCUGGUCAUGAACCAGUUACUUGUAAAGCUAAAGUACAUAAAGGACUAUUGUAUAUUCUGACACUGAAAUUCGACAACAGUGUUAGUGAAAAGGAUCUGAGUAAAAUACUGAAAACGGUAAUUCGAGAUGUUAUGAAAGUACACUUUAUUUAG